ACAGGAACCUUGAUGACAGGAAGAUGGCCGCGGUGCGGCUGGUCUUAGCGUCAUGUAUGGAAUUAGCUAACGUUAUGUAAAGUGCUGGCUCGAAGCUCAACAAACAUCACGUUCCCGGAUGUUCGGCCCACUGGACCUGCACUAGAACCUCAUGAAGGACUGGUCCAGACUGUGGAUGGAGUCGGCACCAAACCUGUUGCUGUUUGGACUUUUCAGACCGAGGGACGUCAGCUUUCAGGAGACGGGUUGUCCUGGACAUCAGCGUGGGGACAAUGGUCAAGUAUUACUGUAACAAGACGGACAUCAGGAGUACGUGGGACAGUGUUGCCUCUGCUUUUUGGCAGAGGUACCCCAACCCCUUCAGCACUCAUGUUCUCACUGAGGACGUCGUGUACCGGGAGGUGACUGCGGACCAGCGCCUCCUGUCCAGGCGCCUCCUGAUGAAGACCAAUCGGCUGCCUCGCUGGGCGGAGCGGUUCUUCCCAGCCGGCAUGUCUCGCUCCGUGUACAUCGUGGAGGACUCCAUCGUGGACCCGGUCAACAGGAGUCUGACCACCUACACCUGGAACCUCAACCACACUAAAGUCAUGUCUGUAGAAGAACGGUGCGUUUUCCAAGACUCUGUGGCGCAGUCAGGAGCCACACAACUGAAGCGUGAAGCGUGGAUUUCCUCAAGCAUCUUUGGCUUCUCCAAACCCAUUCAGGAGUUUGGAUUGGCUCGCUUUAAGAGUAACCAGGUGAAAGCCAUGAAGGGGCUGGAGUACGCACUGUCUAAUUUACAAGGAGAGACGCCCCAGCGGCUGCUCAGGGACACCAUGAAGGAUGCGUCGGAGAAGGCCAAGGAGGCCGCGAAGAGCCUCGCCUCCGCUGCCGCCUCCGGCCCUCAGAAGCCCCGGCAGUACGUCUGAAGGAGGGGCCCGGAGCACGCCGCCUUUUCAUGGUGAACUGUGAGACUUCUCUGUCGGCACCUACUGUACGUUUGGUCGACUCUC